AUGCUUUUCUACCUACCGUCACUUGUACAUGAAAAAUUUAUUAUUUAGAGUUUAAACGACUUUGACAAACAAAUUCAAUUAUGUUUUCCAAAUUACAUUCAUCGGUGAAGUUGCUCUGUGCAAAAAACUUUCUAAGAAAGAUUCCAGCACGUUUCUUAAAUUUACAUGAAUACCAAAGCAAAGGAUUGAUGGAAGAGGCAGGCCUCUCAGUGCAGAAGUUCAUGGUGGCCCAUGAUCUACAAUCAGCCCACGACAUUGCUGCCAAGUUCAAAGUAACAGAGUAUGUGAUAAAGGCCCAGGUUUUAGCUGGUGGCCGGGGGAAGGGUGUAUUUGAUACUGGCUUCAAAGGUGGAGUGCACCUCACUAAAAAAUCAUCUGAAGUAGCAGCACUAGUUGAGAAUAUGCUGGGCCACAAAAUCAUCACCAAGCAAACACCCAAGGAGGGUGUUAAAGUUAACAAGGUAAUGGUAGCAGAAGCCAUGGACAUAAAGCGAGAGACUUAUGUGGCAAUAGUUAUGGACCGAGAAAGUAGCGGGCCGAUAUUCAUCUGCAGUCCAUGUGGCGGGGUCGAUAUCGAAGAUGUGGCUGCUACUCAACCUGAGAUGAUACUAAAAACACAUGUGGAUAUCUGGAAAGGACUUUCAGAAGACCAGGCUCUUGAAAUUGCAAAAUUUUUAAAGUUUGAAGGACAUCUGUUGAACAAGGCAAAGAAGGAGUUGCUGAAUUUGUAUAAACUUUUCAUUAAGCUUGAUGCUACGCAGAUUGAAAUCAACCCUUUCGGUGAAACUACUGAUGACAGAGUAAUCUGCUUUGAUGCAAAAAUCAACUUUGAUGACAAUGCAGCCUAUCGCCAGCAGGAAGUUUUCAAAAUGGCUGACCAUUCCGAAUCAGACCCCCGAGAACUUGAGGCCUCCCAGCAUAACCUCAACUACAUUGGCCUCCAUGGUAACAUUGGCUGUAUGGUGAAUGGAGCAGGACUGGCGAUGGCCACGAUGGACAUGAUCAAACUGAGAGGCGGAGAGCCUGCAAACUUCCUGGACGUUGGAGGGGGUGUCAAUGAAGCACAAAUAUCUCAGGCAUUCAAAAUUCUGGCUAAUGAUAAACAGGUGAAGUGCAUAUUGGUGAAUGUGUUUGGAGGAAUUGUAAAUUGCUCUAUAGUUGCAAAGGGCAUUGUAAAUGCGGCUCGUACCAUUGAACUCAAGACACCUCUUAUUGUCAGACUAGAAGGCACAAACGUUGAAGAAGCGCGGAGCAUUUUGAGUUCCAGUGGCAUCAACGUCAUAAACAGCACAGAUCUCGAUGACGCCGCUACCAAAGCUGUUGCCAGCCUCAAAAUUUCAACAUAAUAAUCAUAAUAUAAUUAAUAAUAAUUAUAGUAAUAUAAUUAUUACUAUUAUUAUUAUAGUUAUUAUCAUUAGUGAUAUUAUCGCAUGCAAUGUGUUGACGGGCAUGUUCCUUGUGUAUGUCGUGUUGUUAUAUCUCUGAAAAUUAUUUAAGGAGAGCGUUUUUAUUGAUUUACGAUCCUUUUAUUACGGUUAUAUUAUAUAUAUAUUAUAUUAUAUUGAUUUGUGUAUUCUUUUGCAUUCGCUAUUUGAGAUAUCAUGAAUAUGGUCUUGAAAUUUGUUGGUGUGGGAGUGGCGGAGUCGAAAAUUUUCGUCCUACUCCCCUUAACAAUUAAAUUUUAUCUUGAUAUGUUAAUAUUUAUUAUUAAAUGUGUGUGUGUGUAUGCGUGUUGUAUUUCCACCAUUCAUAUCCACCCCAAGAAAUCAUUGUAAAUAAAAAUUUUCUAAUACAAUCUAGCCAUCAUUUCAAAUAUGUGUAUUUAAACAUGUGUACAUUUUAAUAUCGUGCCUUUUUGAAUAAAAACGACCUAAUUUUAUGAAUGAUUUCUCAUUCAUGUGUGUUCACUGACGCUGGUUGCUUUCCUGUUGGUGGACAUUUUAUUACGGAUUUCAAUAAUAUCUAUAAAAAAAUUAACAUAACUUUUAGCAAUUUAAUUUCUGUGCCCUUUAUUGUGGUGUUCCACAAUUUUCAUAAGUGACAUUGCUUAAUGUACUAUAUCUAUAUCCGCUUAGAUAAAAGGAUAUAUGUAGAGUACAUUUAUGAUGGUUAAUUAGGAAUCUUUGGGAAACUAGUUCAAAAUAUUUUAAUAAAAUGUAUGACAUUAAUAUG